AUGGAGGUCAGAAGGAGAAAUGUGCUUAGCACCAACAAUGGUCCGAGACCUAGUGUCUCACAAAUAGUAAAUGAGCUAGAUGUAUUCCCAAAACUUCCACGAGAAUGCAAAAAAUCAACAUGGAGUGGUGGUCUAGUUACUAUUCUAACAUUUUGUUGCAUAUCUUGGUUGCUUAUAAUGGAAUGUCGAAGUUAUCUUGAUCCCCCCGUCAAUUAUUCUUACGAACUAGAUAAAUCUACUUCUGGAAAAAUAAAAGUCAAUGUUGACAUUGUUGUUGCCUCACCAUGUCAUGCUGUUUCAAUGGAUGUGGUGGAUACUUCUGGGUCCUCUCUGUCCGAUGAAGAGAAUAUUCAGUACUUACCAACAUCUUUCGAACUUAGCCCAUCAGCCCGAGCCGCGUUCAAAUAUCGACAAUAUAUAGCUGGGGCCCUCCGUGCAAAACAUCAUACUAUACAGCAUUGGUUGUGGAAAUAUACCUCUGAGACAAGUGUUUUCACAGACUUUGAAGUCCCUGUGGUUGAUAAAAAGCGUUCUGAUGACCGAAAUUCUGAUGCUUGUCGAAUCGUUGGUACUUUGUUCGUUAAAAAGGUUGGAGGAAACAUACAUAUAUUAUUUGGGAAACCUCUGAACGGGUUCGGUAAUUUUCAUCUACACGUUGUACCAUUUUCAGGCCAAACGGUUCAGAAUUUCAGUCAUCGAAUAAAUCAUUUUUCUUUUGGUAAUCUAGUUAAUGGACAAAUACAUCCAUUAGAAGCUGUUGAAUCUGUUACUGAUGUUGCCUCUACAUCAUUUCAAUAUUUUGUCACAAUGGUCCCUACCAAAGUGGUGAAUCAGUUUCAUACUACAGAAACUUAUCAGUAUGCAGCAACUUUACAGAAUAGAACCAUUGAUCAUAAUGGAGGAAGUCAUGGAAUACCUGGAAUAUUUUUUAUUUAUGAUAAUUUUCCAUUAAUUAUUCAUAUAACAUAUGAUUAUGAAUUAUUCGGUACAUUUUUAACUCGACUUAUUGUAUUAGCUGGUGGAAUAUUUGCAACUAUUACAUAUCUAUGUGAAAUAUUAUCAUAUUUACCUCAUGUAUUCUAUAAAACCUAUUUAGGUCGUCAAUGGUAUAAUCAUUGGUUAUAUAAUAAACGUAAUCUUUAUAUAAAAUUAUUAAAAUAUCUACCAAAUAGUUUUAAUCAAAUUAAUCAUUUCACAUUAUUAUCAUUAGAAGAGGUAUUAGAUCCAGAAUCAGAUACAUAAUUGAAAUAAUUUAAUAUUUCAUUGAAUAAAUUACUUUAUUAUAAUUAUUAUAAUUUAUAUUGAUUAUUUAACACCAUUAACUCUAUGUGUUUUCUGUAUGGAAGGUUACCAUUUUUGUUUUUUGUGAUUUGUAUUUAUCGGCACAAUGUGUUUGUGUGUGUGUGUGUGUGUGUGUG